CGAUGGACRAGACAGAUUGCGGGCUCAGAAAGGCAAUAUUUUCCCGUCGUCCUCUGUAGUCGUUCUCUUUUGGCCGCCAUCAUGGCACUCGUCAUACCUGAAAAGUUUCAGCACAUUCUUCGUGUCUUGAACACGAACAUCGAUGGAAAGCAGAAAAUCAUGUUCGCCUUAACAGCUAUCAAGGGUGUUGGUCGGCGUUAUUCUAAUCUUAUCUGCAAGAAGGCAGAUAUUGAUAUGAACAAGCGUGCCGGUGAGCUUACUGAAGAUGAGGUAGAGCGUGUUAUAACAAUCAUGCAGAAUCCUCGUCAGUACAAGAUCCCUGACUGGUUUCUAAACAGACAAAAAGAUCACAAGGAUGGCAAGUAUUCACAGCUUUUAUCCAACUCUUUGGAUAACAAACUGCGUGAGGAUCUUGAAAGACUUAAGAAGAUCCGUGCUCACCGUGGCUUGAGACAUUAUUGGGGUCUCCGUGUUCGUGGUCAGCAUACUAAGACAACAGGCCGYAAAGGUCGCACUGUUGGUGUUGCCAAGAAGAAGGGAGGUUAAUUGAUGAAAAUAAAAUACAAUUUAAUCUUGGCAGGCUAGAA